UUUGUUUAUUUUGAGUUCAGUUCAGUUCAGAUUUCUUUUCACUCAACGCUGUAAAAUCGAAAAAAAAUCAAGAUAUGUCGCACACUUGGAAAAUGUCGUAUGAACCGAGGGUAAAAUGUCUCCUUGAAGGAGUUAGUGCCAUUUGUGUACAAGGGACCGCCAUCCCGCUAAAAGAUAACCACCGCCAAUAACUAUCAUAGUUAUAUUGAUAACCAAUUCUUUCUAUAAAUAGUUGCUGAUAUCCCUCCCCCCCCCAAUUGAAAAGGAUAUUCAUACAAUUUAUUCCUCUUAUCAAUUGUCAAUUCCCAAUUAGAGUCUUUAGAUAUGAAGUCUUCUACUUUAAUUAGUAUCUUAGCAGCUUGCUUAGCUACUAGUAAUGCUUUCUCCUUGAAUUCCCUCUUUAGACAACAAUUCCUUGAUGAUAGUGUCGUUGUCAUUCAUGAUGAUGAACCAUCUGUCCAUUCUCCAUCUGUGUUUGAGCAAUUGACUAAGAAUAUCGAUGAAUUGACUAAAGGUGCCAUUACUCCUGAAGUUGAACAAGCUUGGAAACAAAUGCAACAAAAAUUAGGGUCAAAAGCAUUAUUGAAAAAAGUUGAUGAAUAUAAUUCUAAAGCUAAUCAAUUAAUCAAUAAAGUUAAAGAUAGUUCGAAGACUUUCACUAAAGCCAAAACAGAUUCAUCAUUUGAAUCUUUGUCUGUUGAUAAAUACUCUGAUUAUUCAUUAAGAAUUAAAAAAACUAAUCCAGAAAUCUUAGGGUUAGAUACAGUUAAACAAUAUACUGGUUAUUUAGAUAUCGAUAGUUUAGAUAAACAUUUCUUUUAUUGGUUUUUCGAAUCGAGAAAUGAUCCUGCUACUGAUCCAAUUAUCUUAUGGUUAAAUGGUGGACCAGGUUGUUCAUCAUCCACCGGAUUAUUUUUUGAAUUAGGUCCAAGUUCAAUCAAUGCUACUUUAAAUCCUGUUUUUAAUCCUUAUUCAUGGAAUUCAAAUGCUUCUGUUAUCUUUUUAGAUCAACCUGUUGGAGUUGGUUAUUCCUAUACUGGAGGUGAAGAAAUUUCCAAUACUGCAGCUGCUGGUAAAGAUGUAUUUGUAUUUUUAGAAUUAUUCUUUCAAAAAUUUCCUCAAUUUUUAGAAAAUAAAUUCCAUAUUGCAGGUGAAUCUUAUGCUGGUCAUUAUAUUCCAAAAUUUGCUAGUGAAAUCAUUAAUAGAGCUGAUAGAUCGUUUGAUUUAACUUCAGUAUUAAUUGGUAAUGGUAUUACUGAUCCUGUAGUUCAAGCUGCAUCUUAUAAACCCAUGGCAUGUGGUGAAGGUGGUUAUAGACCAGUAUUAGAUGAAGAUGAAUGUGAUCAAUUAGAUAAAGAUUAUCCAAAAUGUGCAGUAUUAGGUAAAUUAUGUUAUAAAUUUCAAACUGCUAUUACAUGUGUUGCUGCUCAAUAUUAUUGUGAUGUUAAAUUAUUUCAACCAUAUGCUCUGACUGGAUUAAAUCCUUAUGAUAUUAGAAAACCAUGUGCUGAUGAAGGUGGUAAUUGUUAUAUUGAAAUGGAUUAUAUGGAUGAUUAUUUAAAUCUUGAUUAUGUGAAGGAAGCAGUUGGUGCAUCAAAUAUUGAUAUUUUUACCAGUUGUGAUGAUAAAGUAUUUAGAAAUUUCCUUUUAGAUGGGGAUGAAGCUAAACCUCAUCAACAAUAUGUGGCUGAAUUAUUAGAAAAUGAUAUUCCAGUAUUAUUAUAUGCUGGAGAUAAAGAUUAUAUUUGUAAUUGGUUAGGUAAUCAUGCUUGGUCAGAUGUAUUAGAAUAUGAAGAUCAUGAAUCAUUCCAAGCUCAACCAUUAAAACCAUGGUAUACAGCAGAGAAGAAAUUAGCCGGUGAAGUUAAAAAUUAUAAGAAAUUUACCUUUUUAAGAAUUUAUAAUGCGGGACAUAUGGUUCCAUAUGAUCAACCUGCUGCUGCGUUAGAUAUGGUUAAUAGAUGGGUAGCAGGAGAUUAUUCCUUUGGAUAUUAAUCUUAGUUAUUUAUGACUUUUACUUUUACUUUUAAUAGUUUAUAUUGUUUUGAAAAAGUUUCUUAAAAUAGAAAAAGAAAGAUUGCAAAAUUAUGAGUAGUAGUGAACAGGGGAGUGAUUGUAGAUUAUGUAAUAGAUGAUUACUUAGUCUAGAAAUAGGGGUUAUUAUUAUUAGAUUACACAUUUAAACAAUCUCGUAUAUUAAUAAUAAUUAGAGUAGAUCAGAGAGUAAAGCCUUUCCUUAGUUAACUCUAACUAUCCAUCCUCUGUA